AUGCUUGCAAAUACCCCGGCGGCUCCCCCGCGCCAACAACAGGAGCGUAAACGACGCCGGGUCACCCAGGCAUGCAUAUCUUGUCGAACACGAAAGUCUCGAUGUACGGGACAGCGGCCGAAGUGUAGCACCUGUUCCGAAUUAGGGCUGACGUGCCAAUAUGUCACACCUGGGCAGGCGGAUCAGACCAUUGUGGUAGGAAAAGAACACUUUCAAGCGAUUGAAGACCGUCUAAACCAUCUCGAGUCCCUGCUUGACGAAGGUGCAAACAAUGGACAGAGCUCCAAGAGUUCAUGGAAUGCCCCGGACACGGCCGAGAACGAGGAUCACCAUUCCAAUGCUCCUAACCUCACUUCUAUAAGUGACGAUCCUAUCACUGGUUCGCUGGCGUCUGACGAUCCUACAGAUGGAAUGGGGCAUUUUGUAUUUGCCGAUGAGGAGGAUCGCGCCUACUUUGGUGCUUCAUCAAACAUCGCCUUCACGUCUGAUUUAUCUCGAACGCUGAAACGCAUGUCGCGUUCCGGUAACUGGGCCUCACCCGGCUACCAGCAAACGAGGCUGCCAGAUUUUCACAUUGCGCGAGUCUCUCGGCCAAGCUCGCCCAUGCCAUGCGCUGCACAAUGGUUAACAGAUGCUCAUCAGGGCAUUGCAUCAACAUCAUCAAUUUUCUACCUGCCCCCGGAUCAGGAAACGUCAAUUCUGAUCGACCAGUACUUUGCCAAUACAGGAUUGCUCUUCCCGUAUCUCCACGAAGAGACCUUUCGUGAAACAUAUGCCCAGCUAAAGCAUGACAAUGCAGCGACACGCCGUACAUGGCUGGGGGUUCUGAAUAUGGUACUCGCUAUGGCUACGCACGCCACGGUGCUGCAAGUAGGUCAGGCUGAACGCAAAAGACAAUCUGAAGCAUUUUAUCGACGCGCCAAUGGUCUUUGCGCUGAGCAUAUGAUGAAUGGCGCAAGUGUAGAAAUCGUGCAGUUCCUACUUCUUGUCAGUCAGUACAUGCAAGGGACCAGGUCAUCUAUUCAAACGUGGGCCACACAUGGUCUCGCUGUCAAAGUAGCGUUCCAACUUGGGCUUCAUUCGGCAGAAGCCUCCAAGCGAUUUUCCGCUGUUGAGCGCGAAAUCCGGAAGCGGACAUGGUUCGGUUGUAUUAUUCUCGAUCGAAGUCUGAGCAUGACAUUUGGCCGUCCUGCUUCAAUUCCUGAGCACUAUUCUCGACUCGAAUUGCCUAUAUAUUUUGAUACGAUCGAAAGUCGUGAACGUCAGGUUGAGGCACGACAGCGGUGCCGAUAUAGUACAGAUUUUUUCAAUGCUACGAUUCGACUUUAUUCCAUCCUAGGCAAGGUCAUUGACCUCCUCUACGAUGGCAACUUAGGCAGCGAGGCCAAAAUUCCUAAUUACGAGUUGAUGACUCGCAUGCUACGCAUGCGACACUUUCUCGAUGAAUGGUCUGAACAGCUGCCCAAAUAUAUGGGGAUUAUUCAGGCACAGAAUUAUAUCUCCGGGCUCAGCAAUGACCCAGCAAUCGAUCGAUUCCGCGCAAUUCUUACCCUUCGAUAUCACAAUAUCCGGCUUCUGAUCCACCGGGUGGUUCUUGUUCGGCUUUGUGACUCACUUGGCGAUUUUGAUGCGCCGAACCAGGAUAUCCUCGCUCUACAAGAUGUGGCCUGGAGCACGUUACAGAUUGCUACAGAGUCUGCAUCAGAAAUCAUUAACAUUGUCCUCGCUGUCGUGGAAUCUGAUUGGGUGCGACGGGGGUUGUUGGGCGCCUGGUGGUUUACACUUUAUUACAGUCUGUCAUUCUGUACUACUGAACAUCACUCUGUCCAUUUCUGA